AUGGACGUCUCCCUCAGCCCGACCGUCCUCGGCCAGCUCAACACGGCCGAGGCCAGGGCCCUUCACGAAGUCACGGACCGCCUCAGCUCGUGCGGCGUAGGCAGAAUCGUCAACCUGCCCCAGAUCAUCGUCGUCGGCGAGCAGUCGGCCGGCAAGUCGUCGGUCCUGGAGGCCAUCUCCCACGUGCGCUUCCCCGUCCAGGGCGGCCUCUGCACCCGCUUUGCCACCGAGCUUGUCCUCCGCCAGGCCAAGGAAACCCGUGUCGAUGUCAGCGUCAAGUUUGCCGACCGCUCAAGGCCCUCAAAGACGUUCCAGAGGGCCGGCUUCAACCAGGCCGACCUCCCCGACAUCAUCCAGGAGGCCAAGGAGUCCAUGGGUCUUGCUGGCACCGGCCGAGACUUCUCAAAGGAUGUCUUGCGCCUCGAGAUCGAGGGCCCAAGUAUGUACCCCCUGACCCUCGUGGAUCUUCCGGGCCUCUUCCAGGUCGACACGGCCGACCAGUCCAUGCGCGGCAAGGAGACGGUUGAUCAGCUCGUCGAGAGCUACAUGAGCCAGAAGAACAGCAUCAUCCUGGUCGUCAUCACCGCCAGCAAUCAGCUGGCAAACCACAUCGCCCUCCGCAAGGUCAAAGAGCACGAUCCCCAGAGAGAGCGCACCAUUGGCGUCAUCAACAAGCCCGAUCUCACCCGCCCCGGCUACAUGGACGAGAGGACCUACAUCCAGCUGGCCAGGAACCAAGAGAGCGCCAACAAGCUCAAGCUCGGGUGGCACGUCUUGCGUAACAGAGCAGAGGACGAGCCCAGCCUCGACUGCAGAGACGCCAACGAAGACAACUUCUUCCAGAACUCGGCCUGGGCCUCGAUACCUCGAGAAGACCGUGGCGUCGUCAGUCUGCGCAGGAAACUCAGCCGCGUCUUGUACGACCACAUUCGCAACAAUCUGCACGGUGUUGUCCAGGACAUUGAAGGGAAGCUCCGAGAGCGCCAGGAGGAACUGGAUCGACUGGGCAACUCGAGAUCCAGCCAGGAAGACAUGCGGUCCUUCUUGCUCACCAUCACGGGCGAAUUCCAGCGCUUGGCGCGUGACGGCAUUCAUGGGCGCUACAACGACCCUUUCUUCGGAGACCUGGACGACCAAGACCACAAGCUGCGUGCACAGCUUCGCAACUUCAACCGCGUCUUCGACCACGUGCUGACGACCAAGGGGUCUAACAAACAAAUCGGACGAGCCGUCGACGACAGCCAAGUCCCAGACUAUCUUGAGACCUUUAUGGAGCGCUAUCCCUACAACUUCCCCAAUCCCGAGACAAUCACGCUUGAGGACAUGAGCGCCCAGCUCCAGCAGCAGGCUGCUUCCAAUCAAGGCCGGGAAUUCCCGGGGUCCCCAAACCAAGAGCUGGUGAUCCAGCUAUUCCAGAAGCAGGCCUCACCUUGGAGGUCGAUUGCCGAGUUUCACAUCAACACGGUCACGCUUGCUGCCAAGGCAUUUGUCGACCAGCUGUUCAGGCAUGUCAUUGGGCAUCCCGACACGAGCAGGACGACCGAGGCCAUCCUCAGCACAUGCGUCGACCCCUUUUUCAGCGACAAGGAGAAUGCGUUGCGAGGCAAGCUUGAGGAGCUGCUGCGACCCUACACCCAAGGCUACGCGCUCCCCUUGGAUGCCGUCUUCCAUCGGACCAUGUCGCAGCGGUCCACCAGUCGUCUCGCCGAUCACCUUGUCGAGGCAUUUCGCGAAGAGCAUCCCGACAUGUUCGAGGACCAGAAAUCCCGCAAGAAGCUCACGCGCACCUUGAUAUCCGAGGUCGUUUCCAAUGCUGAUGACAUUGAUGGAGGCGAGUUUGGCUCAGACAAAGUCAUUGAUAUGAUGGAAGCUUAUUACGAAAUGUCUCGACGGACCUUCACCGACAACAUCAUCAACCUCGCAAUCGAGAGCUGUCUCGUCUGCGAUAUCCCCGACAUUCUCACGCCGACAAAGGUGGAUCGCAUGUCCAGUGAGCGGCUGCGCGAGCUAGCUGCCGAGUCGGAAGACGCUCAAUCGCGGAGGCGACACCUGCAGGACGAAAUCGACGUCUUGCGUCAGGGUCUAGAGCAGUGUCGCCGAUAUAAACCGAGAGCAGUCACUGAUCCCUCCGUAGCCACCCUCCCCACCCCUGCCUCGACCUCGGCCUCCAACAGCACGGCGACAUCAUCCAGCCAAGCCUCGCCACGACCACUAUUCAGCCAGAAGUUGUUUGGACCCGGGGCCGACGGGCCAAAAAGUUCACCCGCGUCUCUUCCUAAAUGGAAGCCAUUUGUUUUCACUCCGUUCACGCCGAAACCUGCCAAUGACUCGGAGCAUUCCUCUACAUCUUCGGGAACUCAGGCGACUUCGAACAAUCAUAACGGCAACUUGUUUGGGAGCCGCUACUCACCAGUGCCUGUGAGCAAGGGCUCUCAAAAUGGGCUCGGAAAGACCCAGGGAGACUCUGGACGAUCCGUGGUCGAGCCCGUGCAUCCCAUCAGCCUCUUUUCACCGCGUUAG